AUCUUUGUGGUCCUUUUCAACCCGGGCCGUUCUGUGAUUCUCUGAUUACUAUGCAUUGCUUUACAAGUGAGAUACCAGAAAGCGAGCCGCCUGCCCUCCAUUACCGCUCUGUUACUGACCCAGCCGCGCUUCCCCAGCUCAGCCCCUCCCGUCCCCGCCCCGCGCACCCCGUCACGCGUUCCCGCCCCGCGCCGUCCCUCGCGGCCGCCGUACGAGGCAGCCGUGGGCGGGUAGCGCUGAAGGCCGCCGUAGCCAUGGCGACCGCUGCCGCGCUGCUGCUGCUGCUGCUGCUCCGGGUGCCGCCGUCCGCCCGCGGCUUCUCGCUGCCCCUGCAGCGUCCCGGCGACUGCGGCGACGCGCGCUACUUCGACAUCUCGCAGCUGUCGUGCGGGCCCUGCGGGGCGCACCAGAGGCGGAGCGCCGGCGGUAGUUCAUGUGUAUGUCUGCCAGGGUAUAGGAUGGUUUCUAAUACUGGUGGGUCCUCUGUUAUUUGUGAAAAAUGCCCAGCAAAUAUGAGUGGGGUUACUCAAGAUGGAUGGAAUUGUGUUACCUGCCCUAAGGGCCUGACUUCUGAAGGAAAAUGUAAAUGUCUCAGUAAUGAAAUAUUAGUGGAAAGAAGCGUUGAUGGCAUUUUGCUAAAUGAAGCACGGUGCAUAGUUUGUAAUGGGAGCGCAGAGUCGUUCUCCGCUUCAGAUGUGUUAGGAAGCAGGUGUGUAAGAUGUGAACAGACAUUCAUCAAUGUAAGCAAGUCGUGCAACUGUAGCAGCCCAAAUAUUUUAAGUGGAGGUUUAUGUUUCAGUGCUCGUGAAAGCUUACCUCCAAAGGGAAUUGCAACUGUUCGGUUUGGACAGCUAGGUGUAACACUGACAUCGGCUUGGUUUCUGAAAAACCUGCAAGCCUCAGCCUCUGCCUGCUGGUUGUACUCUAAUCUAACAGCGUGCCAAGCUCUUGGAAAUAUGUGUGUAAUGAAUAUGAACUCACUGAGUUCCUCAAGUACGGAUGCCUGCAAUUUAUUUCAAUAUAUUUAUGCCAACACAGCAAGGCUAGGCAUUGUCCAUUCAAUAGCAUUCUGGAGACAUAAUCUGCCAUGGCUGUAUUAUGGUGAUCAACCAGGAUUAGCAUCCCAAGUGCUUGAGACAAAUCAUCUCCCUACUAUCUUCAGUUUUAAAGGAAGAAGUGAGGAUGUGAAACUGCAGUUUAUUGCAGCCUCGUAUGAUGCAGCAGGAAACUUUCUUAAAUGGCAAAGUUUGGAAGGAGGCCUCUUACAGCUUUGUCCUGAUACCCAGACUAAAUUGAAUGCAGCUUAUGUAUUUGGAACAACUUAUGAACAAAGUUGCAAGAUUUCUGUUUCCAAGAUUUUACUGGAUUUUACUAAUCCAAUCUUUUAUGACCUAUUCUAUGAAUAUAAUGGUGACAGUGGACAGCAAUACCUUUGGGCUGUGCCAGUGUUAAAUCUGAAUCUUCAGUACAGCGAGAUAUAUGUGAAUCAGGGCAGCAGCAUGAACAACUGGCUUUUGACUCGUCGCUUCUUUUUGGUGGAUACAUUGAGUGGAAGAGAAAAUGACUUGGGAAAACUACCAAGAAUAAUUCGAAUUGCUAGCAAAAUAACAAUAAGUAUUCGUCUGGUAUCCCAUACUCAGAAAGGAACUAUCUACCCACCUCUCGUUACUGUUGCUUACAGAGAUGUGCUUGUCCAAAACCCUGAUACCCAGAGUGUGACGGUUUCCUUCUCAGUCCAUUAUGAGAUGAAUCAGUCGGAGGCUCAGAUUCAGACAGAUAUCACGCUGGGUGUGCUGGGUGGGCUUGCAGUGUUAUGGUCCCUUCUCAGGACUGCAGGCUGGAAGAGGCGUACAGGCAGUUCUGUGAUUGACUUACAGACAGUUUUCAAGUUCUUACUAUUUUAUGCUGGAGACCUUGCCAACGUUUUCUUUAUCAUCACAGUGGGCACAGGGAUUUAUUGGCUCGUGUUCUUCAAAGCUCAGCAGUUCGUCUCUGUCUUUUUACCACUCCCAUCUCAAGAGAAAGCUUUUGUUACAUACAUAGCAUGUGCUUUUAGUUUAAAGGCUCUGCAAUUCUUGCAAUUAUUGGUUUCACAACUUACUGUAGAUAUUUUCUUUAUCGACUGGGAGAGACCUAAGGGCAGAGUUGUUAAAGCAGUUGAAGGUGAAGGUGAUGUAAAAAGUGCUGCUGCACCUGUGAGCAUAUGGAGAACGUAUUUUAUAGCCAAUGAGUGGAAUGAAAUUCAGACAGUGAGGAAGAUAAACCCUCUCUUUCAAGUGCUCGCAGUUCUUUUUUUUCUGGAGGUGGUGGGAUUUUCAAACCUGGCUUUAAUGGAUUCUUCUUCCAGCCUUACAAGAAGCAGUGAGAGUUACAUUGCACCAUGGAGCCGCAUUUUAAGAUUCGGUGUGUCUGCUGCGCUGUGGUUAGCCAUUGCCUUCCUGCAGAUUAUAUUUUUUGCUGUGUUUUAUGAAAGAUUUGUUGAAGAUAAGUUAAGCCGAUUUGUCGAUUUGUGUUGUGUGAGCAACAUUUCAGUGUUCCUCUUGUCACACAGCUGCUUUGGUUAUUACAUCCAUGGCCGCUCAGUGCAUGGACAUGCAGACACCAAUAUGGAGGAAAUGAAUAUGAACCUAAAGAGAGAAGCAGAAAACCUAUGUAGUCAGAGAGGUUUGCUACCAAACACAGAUGGCCAGACAUUUCAGAUUUCCAUUUCAAGAAAAAUGAGACUGCAGUAUGACAGGAUUCAUGAAACCCUGACAAGAAGACGUGGUCCUGCUAGGUUUUUGGACUCAUCUGCAAAUACUUUUGAACAGAGCACAAGGGCAUACAACACCAUGAACAAAUUCCUCAGUUCUUUUAUUGAUCACGUUCAUAAAGAAAUGGAUUAUAUUGUCAAAGAUAAAUUGCUGCUUGAGCGGAUUCUAGGCAUGGAGUUCAUGGAACCAAUCGACAAAAGUAUUUUCUACAAUGAUGAAGGACACUCUUUCAGUGAAGUUCUGUAUUACGGCAACGAGACGACACUGCUCAUCUUUGAUAUUCUGUUUUUCUCUGUUGUGGAUCUGGCCACCCAAAGUUUUGUUUUAGCGGCUAUUCUAACAUAUUUGCAACAGGAGAUUUUUAGGUUCAUUCGUAAUACAGUUGGACAGAAGAAUUUGACAUCUAAAACUUUGGUGGAUGAAAGAUUUCUCAUUUAAUUAAGAAGACUGCAGACCUCGAGCGCUUAAUGGAGGAGAUUGUCUCCAGGACCAAAGCAUCUCAGACCUACGGAUUAACUGCAGUUCACUUUUCAGUAAUAAUGGGAUGGUUUUGAAAUGCAUCAUUUUGAUAUUGUCUGGUAUUCAUUCUUAUUUUUGGUAUAUUUACAGAUGCUUUUGAAGUUGUGAACACUAAACUGUAGGCCUUUAAAAGAAAAGGUACAUGGGAAUAAGACAAGAAUAAACAUAAUCUUGUUAUUAUUGGAGUAA